UCCUCCCAACCUUCCCCACCCCCACAGUCCCGCCUGCUCCAGCUGCGUCCGCCGCUGUCCUGUCUGGCUGCCCGGUGUCUGCUCUGCUGGUCCCCGCUCUGCCCCACUCUUACCCCAGACCCAAAGCCUCCCUCGCACCGCCCCGGCUGCCGAAAUCCAGUGGAUGCACUAGCUUGCAAAUAUGACAGGCAUAGCCGCCGCGUCGUUCUUCUCCAACUCCUGCAGGUUCGGGGGUUGUGGUCUCCAGUUCGACUCUCUGGCCGAGCUCAUCGUCCAUAUCGAGGACAAUCACAUCGACACAGACCCACGGGUGCUGGAGAAGCAGGAGCAGCAGCAGCCUACCUACCUAGCCCUGAGCUACAUCAACAGGUUCAUGACGGAUGCGGCCCGGCGGGAACAGGAGACCCUGAAGAAGAAGGCCACGCCCAAGCUGUCGCUGUCCAUCAGCGGGGGCUUGUCUCGCCACAGUGUGGCCACGCCCCCUCGCCACACCAGCGGCAACCUGACCCCGCCUGUAACCCCUCCCAUCACACCGUCCUCCUCCUUCCGCAGUAGCACGCCUACAGGUACGACAACAGGCAGUGAGUACGACGAGGAGGAGGUGGACUAUGAGGAGUCAGACAGCGACGAGUCGUGGACCACGGAGAGUGCCAUCAGCUCUGAGUCCAUCCUCAGCUCCAUGUGCAUGAACGGAGGGGAGGAGAAGCCCUUCGCCUGCCCCGUGCCCGGCUGCAAGAAGAGAUACAAGAAUGUGAACGGUAUCAAAUACCACGCCAAGAACGGCCAUCGCACCCAGAUUCGUGUGAGGAAGCCCUUCAAGUGCCGCUGUGGGAAGAGCUACAAGACCUCCCAGGGCCUGCGGCACCACACCAUCAACUUCCACCCCCCUGUCUCUGCCGACAUCAUACGCAAGAUGCAGGGCUAGAGAUGGUCACCGUGCCAACCCCCCAGACUACCCCAUUCUCCCCGACCUCACCAUGUCCUUAACACAAUCCCAUUCUCCAACACACUACACAAGGAUCAAGUGCAUGAUUUAAGUUUGUAUUAUUAUUUUGUUUUAUCUGUCUUCUUUUUGUAUUUGUAUUAUUUUACGUUACAGUAUCUCACUUUUUGAAUCGUUUAUCUUCGUAGGCUUCUUAAGUGUUUUAUGUUGUUGUACAUUUGCACAUUCUUAUGCUAUCACAUCUAUUUUGGUUACUUUUGUACUGACAUACGGUGCUAACUGUAAAAAAACAAAGAAUGAAAAUGAGGAAAAAAAAAGAAGAAAAGUGUCCUAGUGGGAAGAAACAAAUCAGAGGAAUAAUCAAGAAAGUGUGACCAAGCCCCGCCCCUUCCUGUCACCUGACCCUGAUCGUAAGUCAGAUUUGCAUCUUACUGCUGAUUGGUGAGAGUUAGGAUUCAUCCAAGAUCCUAACUUUUCCAAGAUCUGUGCCUAUGCAUCACUUCCUGGGAGAGGACUGGGGAAUAAAGCUUGAGAGUUAAGUUAUACAGCAAACUAUAUAUGAAUAGAUAUAUAAACAAUAGAAAGAUAUGUAUGUGUAUAUACAAAUAUAUAUAUAUAUAAGUAUCCAUGAGCAUAUACAAAAUAGUUAGACUUUAUUUUCAAGCUUUAUUUUAUACUUUAUUUUUCAAAAUGUUUUCAGAUGUUAUUUCAUUAAUAUUUUAUUGAGAAGUAUUCCUUGUAUUCCUUUAUGGUCCCCUGAGAUGACAUGCAUAUCUGAGGGGUUCAGAGGUCAGACAGUCUGGUAACAUCUCGGCUAGGGCUCAUUUCAACACUAGCCAUGCAUCCUACCCUCAGAGCCUUCUAGAUAGCCAUCAUCGGGACUCAAACCCGUGCUCUGUAUGUGAUGGGCACACAUUGUAUUGUGUAACAGUGAUGAGUGUGGGAUACAUGGUGAACGUGUUUGAAUGUUCCCUCGAUAUCCCUAACAGCCAGACGAGACGUCCUCUUGCAUUCCCAAUUAUAGAACUAGGACUGCUUGUUCAAUGGUCUAGAUAUAACGACUCUGAUUCCCAACAUCUAGACGAGAGAAUCGUUUCUUUGGAGUCCUUGAACUGCAUCACAGAAGAUGUUAGGAGCCUUCAGAGGUGUCAUGCGGAGCAUUUUCUAUUCCAGUUGCCAAGUUAUUUUGUUUUUGUUGCCCAUGAUCAUUGCCAACAGCUCUCUACUGCCAAACACUGACCAUACCAUGUGCCUAAGGAAGAGGGGGAGGGAGAGAGACUGUCAUAUGGUUUCAUCCAGGAGGCAGCAAGUGUGUCUCAUUAAAUCUCCUGAGUGUGUGUGCGUGUGCGCGUAUGUACUUACAGUGUGUACACUUUUGGUGUUUCGGGGCAUGUGAGUGAACGAGUGUCUGUUUUGAGAGAUUACCGACUACAACUUUUUACUGCCUUGUGUUGUAGUCCUCAGCAUUCCAGUACAGUAUGUGGUGUCGCUUUGUAGCCAGGUCUUUCUGCAGUAUCUGAGUUGUCAGCCUAUAUAGUGUUAUUCUGAUGUCUGGUCCUCUUUAUCCGUAGUGUUAUUGAUGUCUGUGCCAGCAGGCCAACUAGUUAAUUGGGAUCUCCUGUAGACCAGGAGACUAGUGGCUGUUCAGCUGUCCUAACUGCCUCCCCCCUCCUGGAGCAGUAGUGUGCUGAGAUGUGUCAAAAGGUGGUGCCCAUGACAAUGUGCCCCCCCCUCCCUCGUACACAAUCGGCCACCAUUUUUCCCAGAUGCUUUUGUAAAAAAACAUGAAGUCCGUGUUCCCUCCUUUCCUUCGCACGUACACCCGCGCACCAUCUCGCCAUUCUGUUGCCAUGAAAACCUUUUCGAAAGUGACACACGGGCCACUCGGAUGGAGUGGUGACACACAGACACGAGAGUGGCUGCUCAGCAGUGUUAUCACCACUUGUCAUCACCAGUCUACGGGGUGAAACGAAGAGCUGUUUCCAAGUCCCGUUGGCUGUGGCCCUAUCGUUCUAGCCCCUCACAGCUUCACUUUCCAUACUUGGAAAUAGGGAGCUGCGGAAUGUUCUGGUGUGGGAUUAGAGACAGACAGUCGGAGAGUCUCCAGGUCAGGAUCUGUCAAACACUCCUAAACCUGUCCUCCGCCACAGAUACCAAGGUCGCCAUGGGAACAAUGCAGAUGACAUUGUUUAACGGGGCCAGUGACAGUAUUACACGUAUGGUGCUGGAGGACAUGGCUGUGUGCGUGUACAGGGAGAGGGGGCGGACAGGAGGUUUCAAUAUACUGUGUACAGUGAAUGUAUUGUAAUGUGUCUGUUGUCAAGUGCUUUUAAAUUAUAUUUUUAUAUGUCAUGUGGAGAACGCCGUUUCCUGUUUUGUAUGGAGGCAUACAGAUGAUGUAAGGAGGGUAACUUGUAUACUGUCAAACUGUCUUUCUAUAUAAGAAGCUGCUUCAGAAAUGUAAACACCAUUACAUGGAAAAUAAAUAAAGUUCAAGCUCA